CAGUCGUUCUGAACGCUUUUAAAUAUUCUACAUCUAUUUUCUGGUCAAUUUCUUUCUCUCAGUUUGUGAAUAUGUACAGUUUAACGGUAUUUAGUUCCCAACAUAUAAUCACUUCCGUCAUUUUUGCUUGUUACCUUACACUGCCUUUAAUUAGUGGACAAAACAUAUUCGAGCGUUUUCGUCCCAGCAAUGUGUCUCGUUCAAAUGAAGACUUAGUUAAAGUAGUUUCGGGAACGAAAGUGAAACGUUUCGAGAGAAUGACAGUGCCUUUGGGUGGAAGUGUCCUACAACCUCAUUUACUCAACUAUGGUUAUGGUUACGUUGUGCCCCAUUGGCAAGCUUCCGCAAAACUAAUUGGAGAUGGCGACAAUGCCGCCGAUGGUGUGAUCUCAUUUCAGCAGUUGCCAUACAACAACGAUAUUAAAGUAACAAUUAAUGUUACUGGCCUACCUCCUGGUAAACACGCCUUACAUAUACAUACUUUUGGAGAUCUUAGUGAAGGUUGCAAGUCUACUGGUGGACAAUUUCCAAAUAACUUCAUAGGCAAUGUUGACACCAAAGACGAUGGAAGCAUAUCGGCAGCAUUUCUUAGUGUGUAUCUUAAUUUAUUCGGAUUUAAUGGGAUUGUCGGUCGUUCUGUAGUAAUCCAUAGUAAACCAAUCGAUUUGAAUACGGCUCUAAAUGCAGAGGUAUUUUCAUCAUCUUUAACUUCAGUACCAGAUGCUUUAGCUUAUCAAAAUGAAGAAAAUUCGGUUGGACCACCAAUAGCUUGUGGUAUUAUAAGCAUAGUAAGAACAGCUACUGUAACUCCAGAGAAAUGAUUAUUAUAAAUAUAGUAUAUACAUA